AUGUUUGCAUUCCAUCGGCAAACUGAGCCUGAGACCCUGGAGAUUGCCCAAGCUGCAGAGGUUUUUCAAACAACUCUGAAAGUCCUAAAGAGCAGAGCAAGACAGAGAUACAAAAGGGAUGUCACGACUCCAGAGUUGUUGUCAUGGGAGGAUGUGGAGCUGAUCGCAGAGCUGUGUCAGUGUCCUCCUCCAACACAUCCAGCCGGCUGCCAACUCAACUCAAAGUACCGCUCCAUAUCUGGCAUCUGCAAUAACAGGCAAAAUCCUCUCUGGGGAGCAGCCAACACUCACUUGGUCAGAUGGCUUCCAGCUGAAUACGAAGACGGCGAGAGCGAACCCAAGGGUUGGAACCAAGGACGGCUCCAUAAUGGAUUCCAACUUCCCCUGCCAAGGGACAUCAGCAAGAAAAUAAUAAGGAGCUCUUCAAAAAGUAAAGAUGACCUCUAUUCUCAACUGCUGGUGGAGUGGGGGCAGUACAUCGACCAUGACAUAACCUUGACUCCUCUGAGCACCAGCCCUUCUCCUUUUUUGACUUUCACGGACUGUUCGAGCACAUGUGAAAAUGUGCAUCCAUGCUUUCCCAUUAAGACCCGUGAUAUGUCCUCUGCUGCACAAAGCUGCAUGCCUUUCCAACGCUCCACCUCAGUCUGCUAUCUCAAUUUCACUUCAGAUAUCAUACAAGCUCUGCAGCGACAACAGAUGAACGCCAUCACAUCGUUCAUAGAUGCAUCAGUUGUGUAUGGCCACACUCCAAAAAUGGAGAGGUUACUCCGUGACCUCUCUGGCUUCAACGGGAAACUUUCUGUCAACAAACAGUUCAAGGAUCCAAAAGGAAGACCCUACCUUCCUUUCGUAGCCACUCUGCCGUCAAAGUGCUUCCAGGACCCACAGGGGGAGAGAGUGGAGUGUUUCAGUGCUGGAGACACUCGGGCCAAUGAGGGUUUGCCCCUGGCCUCUUUGCAUACAUUGUGGCUUAGGGAACACAAUCGAAUUGCAGAGGCAUUGAGACGCAUGAACGAUCACUGGAGCCCGGAGAUUAUAUACCAAGAAACCCGUAAGAUUAUUGGAGCUCUGCAUCAGAUCAUAACCAUGAGAGAUUAUGUUCCAAAAAUCAUUGGCCCAGAGUCUUUUGAACAUUACAUUGGACCCUAUGGGGGCUAUGAUCCAACUACGAACCCCUCUGCCUCCAACGUGUUUGCCACUGCUGCGUUCAGGUUCGGCCACGCUACCAUCUCUCCAAUCCUCAGGAGACUGAACGAGAGCUUCCAGGAGCAUGAGCAGUUAACCCACUUGAGACUACACAACACUUUCUUCAGUCCGUGGAGAAUAGUCAAAGAAGGUGGAAUUGAACCAAUCCUGAGAGGCAUAAUUGGAACUGCAGCAAUAGCUGUUAGCCCAAACAUGCUGAUGCCAGAGGAGACAACGGAGAGGCUUGUCGUCCUUAAUAUACAACAGCACAUGGACCUGGCUUCACUGAACCUGCAGAGAGGGCGAGAUCACGCUCUCCCAGGAUACAAUGAUUGGAGAGCGUUCUGUGGACUGAAGCGUGUUAAGACACUGGAUGAUCUCAAAGAGGUUGUGGGAAACAACAAGGUUGCUGAGAAGAUACAUAAACUAUACAAACACCCUGACAAUAUCGAUGUAUGGCUUGGAGGACUUGUUGAAAAUUUGUUGCCAGGCUCAAGAACGGGUCCCCUCUUCUCGUGCCUGAUUGGAAAGCAGAUGAAAGUGCUUCGUAAUGGAGAUAGGUUUUGGUGGGAGGCUGAGGGUAUGUUCACCCAGCAACAGAGGGCUGAGCUUUUAAAAGGUUCUCUGUCCCGGAUCAUCUGUGACAACACCGACUUAAGGGAAGUCCCCUAUGAUUCUUUUAGAUUUGGGAAAUACCCAUCUGAUUAUGUCUCUUGCAAUAAUAUACCACUGAUGAAUCUGGAAGCUUGGAGAGAAGAAAGGAGCGAAGACUUGAAGCACUGUGGCUCUCCAGCAAAGAUAAAGAACGGAGAUUUCAUAUUGUUCUCUAGAUGUGACAAACUGGUUGCCCAGUACUCCUGUUACCAUGGUUUCAAAUUAAAGGGUGCCGCUGCAAUAGUUUGUGAGGGAAAUCGGUGGAGUGAUCAACCCCCACAAUGUACAGAGUGAAGAUAGUGUGCCAUAUGACUGCCUGGACCUGUCAUGUUACAACUUUUCUAUCCAUUCUGAUCCUGUGACUAAUGCUACCUUUAUAAAUGGAAGAGACCAAAGGUGGCCAUUUUAUACUUGCCCUGAAGAAGGCCUAAUGGCUGAAACACAGAGGCAUGUUUUUAUUGUUGUAAUGAAGCCAUGAGAAAAUAAAGGCUUUUUAAAUCACCACCCUCUUGAGCGCCACAGAUUUUGCCAAGAAUCCAGAAUGUCAAUAUUCUUGUUGAUGGAACACUGACAUUAGCUUCUGAAAACAAAACAACAAUAAUGAAAAACAACCUGCAGCAGGACCUCAGACCCAUACCACAUACCUACAGUAUACACAGAUGGACUCCAGAGGCCUGUAUUACAAAGCAAGUUUUACAUACCCAGGAUAAAUUUUUUGUUUUUAAUUAUAAACAUUGUCAGAACAAUGAAUAAAGUACUUUAUAUCAUAUGAGAAUAAACCGUGAUACCUGCCUGUAAUUUCGGUUAUGGCAAAAUCCAAAAGUGAUGUUCAACAAGGUGAAAUAAACAAUAUGAUCACAUUAAAGUCAGGCUAAGGAUAUACUGUAAAUAAGUACAUCAGUUAUUGUCUUUCUUACUGAUUCAUUUUGCUCUCAUGU